AACUACAAUGUGUUUUGCGGACAGGGCGGAGGAUGGUGGAAAGAUGGCUACACAGUGCGGAGCAGGCUGACUUCAUAUUUCAUUCAUUUAUUUAUCAGAAAUGCGCAGGAAUAGCUGUAUCCUAGCUUAGCGUAGUUGGACAACACAUUUGGAGUCCACAGAGGUUUAAUUGACCAGCUAUGAAGCUACUUUUUAAACAGAUGUGGAGACUACAGUGAGGAUGCAGUCUCACAGACUGCGUGUUGAGGAGCAGCAGCAGCAGCACCCCCUGCUGGAGAGGGUUGCUGGUACAGGCUCUUUAAGGGAAGUCACUGCUCGGAUAUGGUUUAUUCAGGAUGGCUGUGGAAUGGUCUGUGCCUUCAUCACCUGGUUCCUGGUGCUUUACGCAGACUUUGUGGUCACCUUUGUUAUGCUGCUGCCCUCUAAAAGUGUGGCAUAUGCUGUGGUCAAUGGGGUGAUCUUUAAUAGUCUGGCAGUCCUGGCACUGACCUCCCACCUGCGCACCAUGCUCACUGACCCGGGAGCAAUCCCCAAGGGCAAUGCCACUAAGGAGUACCUUAACAGCUUGCAGCUGAAACCAGGAGAAACCCUGUACAAGUGCCCAAAAUGCUGCAGCAUCAAACCAGACAGAGCACAUCACUGCAGUAUUUGUAAGCGGUGUAUUCGUAAGAUGGACCACCACUGUCCUUGGGUGAACAACUGCGUGGGAGAAAAUAACCAGCGCUUUUUUGUUCUCUUCACAAUGUACAUAGCCAUGAUCUCCACACAUGCUCUGGUCCUGAGUAUGAUUCAGUUCUUCACAUGCGUCAGGGACGAUUGGACUGAAUGUAGUGACUUUUCUCCUCCUGUGGCUGUGCUGCUGAUAAUCUUCCUGUUCUUGGAGGCUAUCCUCUUCCUCACCUUCACUGCGGUGAUGUUCAGCACACAGAUCCAGUCCAUCUGCAGUGAUGAGAUGGUGGCUGAACGUCUGAGGAGUGAGAAGCUUCACAGAGGCAGACGUUGGGAGAGCAUGAAGACCGUGUUUGGAGGUCAGCCAUCUUUACUCUGGAUCAACCCUUUUGCUGGACUCAGACUGAGAAAACUCAUCACCUCAAACACACUGAAGGCUGGACCUGAAUUUGCUGUCUGACACGAACACACACACACACAGACACACCGUGAGCACUAAUGUUGCUGCUGGUGAACAGAAUGGACCUUCCCCUGCCUCUGGCUGCCUCUGCAUCAAGGUUACAGUGAGAAGAUGAGAAGUGUACGCUAGCUAAAUGUCCAACUGUUUGUGGACACCGCUUUUAAUGAAUGCAUUCAGCUGCAUUAAGUUGUACCCAGUGUUGACACAGAUAUACAAAUGAACACACACACAGCUUCUCUAGUCCCUGUAGAGAAAUAUUGCCAAUAGAAUAGGACUCUGUGGAGCAGAUAAACAUGAAUCUAUUGGCAGCUUAUGGACAUUUGGUUUUAAAGCCGUAAGCACUGAGCUGUGGAGCAGUGGAAAUGUGUUCCCUGGAAUGACUGUGCUCCAUCCAAUAAUUUUGGAAUGAGUUUGGGAGAUGGGGGUGUGGAGGGGUGGUGUUCACCCAACAGCAUUCUCUCUCUCUCUCGCCCUCUCUCUCUUUUUUUUUUAUUAAUCCUUGAUUUUGGAAUGUAUUCCAAUACUUUUGUCAAUAUAGUGUCUCAUAUAGGAAGAAAUAUGAGAUAUCUUAAGACAUUUCUCUGCUCAGCGAAGACCUUUACAUCAAGGUUGUUUUUCUUAUUGGUUAAAGGCAGAGUUUAGGGGGAAAAUGGUUUUGCAGUCUUUUUUAAAGAAAUUUUUAUACAUAUAUAUAUUGUUUUUAAUUAUUGUAAUAUUUACUUUUUUUGUAAUUAUUUAUUAAUAUUGCAUUUGUUGUGUUGUGCUUUGUUUAGUGUAUCUGUGUUGCUAAAAUGAUGCAAGCUUCAGGGCAUUAGACACAACUAAAAGUAAAUAGUACCAGGAUGUGAAUAAUAGAGAAUCAGUUUUAAACAGAAAUUAAUUAGAUGUUUAUCAAAAGUGAGAUUGUGUGUUCAUAUUUUUUUUAGGGUGAAUUUCCAAGCCCUUAAUUUGCACACUGUUUCUAAGGGUAUACCUCACCUCAUGUGGUCACAGUCACUGUAAACUACCUCUUAAAUCCACAUUGUGGUGUGGAACACAGAGUUUCCACACAUCCUGGAAAAGCUUUACCAGGUAUGCAAAACACCAAGGAAAAAAAUAUAAACUAUGAAACUAUGUUCUAGAAAUAAACUAUAUUCUAGUAAGCCUUGGAAAAGUGUUACGCCAUUAAACAGCAGAGAUUGUUGUGUUUUAGCUUAUUCUUUCCUCAGCAGGCAGUGCAGGUUCCAGCUGCUUAAACAAAUUUUACAGUAUAUGUUAUACGGUAUGCUGCAGUGUCAAACUCUAUAUGGUGAUUAAAUAAACACCAGCAUCUUGCUGCAUGUUACGUUAACUUUUACAAUCAUGUGAAAAAGGGAUAACUUCAAUUCUAACAUAAGUUGUACAUUGUAAUAAACCAAAAUGAGAGAAAAAGCUAGGGCACAAAAUAUUUUCAAUUAGACAUUUCCUAUAUCCAUCUCUCAGUCUCCAACGUCAACUGGGAGAAAGUUUUUCCCUUUCCUUCAUGCAGAAUUCACUUUAAGUUAUGUAUUGGUUAAAGGGGUUCCUACACCAUCUCAAUAGAAUUAAGAUCUGGGCUUUGACUUAUCCAUUCCUCCAACUAAUGUCUGAGGUUUAAAAAGGCAGCCACUUCUAAUUUCCAAUCUAAUCAUGCUGAUUCUAAUUGUAGACAUUUUAAGCAGUAAUAAAUGUGGGGGUGAACUUUUAUUCACAAGAAAUUGAUAUUAAUGUUCAUUAUAUGUUCAUUACAACUUAGGUUUACAAGUUUGAUUUGUUCAGUUAUGUAAGCUUUGUUUCUCUAUAAUGUUCAAAUAAAGCCCAAAUGUCAAUGUUUUUAUUUAUGUUCAUGUUUACAUGACUGUAGCUAUUUCUGUACAACGUGAUCAGAGGAUGGUAAAUGGUGUCAGGAAAGGGUUUAAAUGAUUGUGUGUGUGUGUGUGUGUGUGUGUAUGUGUGUGUGUGUGUGUGUGUGUGUGUGUGUGUGUGUGUGUGUGUGUGUGUGUGUCUGUGUGUGUGUGUGUGUGGUUGUGCGUGUUUUGGUCAUGUCCGCAGCUUACAUGGACCUUUCUUACGCAACAUCUGCCAUUUGUCAUGGAAAGUUUCCUGGAAAACCCCUUUCUAAUAAAAGAAUGGGAAUCCUGGGAAACUCUUGCCAUACUUCCAUAGACUUAUUGAAGUCAUAUUGCGUCAUAGUUUUAGUUUCAGUUUUAUUUGAAAAAGUUUUUGAAGUACUAAAUUUCAUCAUCUCAUACAUCAUUGGCAUGAGUUUGGGCUGCUGUACUAACUGGAAAACACCCAUUGUAGCAUCUACUGUAUUUUUCUAUGUGUUGUAAUGCAGUGUUCACCCCAUACAAACGCCAAUAAACAUGCAAUAAGUAA